AUGGGGACCGAGGCGUCGGGGAGCGGGCCGGCGCUGCAGGAGCUCGUGCGCGAGGCCGAGAUCAGCCUGCUCGAGUGCAAGGUGUGCUUUGAGAGGUUCGGCCACCGCCAGCAGCGGCGCCCGCGCAACCUGCCCUGCGGCCACGUGGUGUGCCUGGCCUGCGUGGCUGCGCUGGCGCACCCGCGGACGCUGGCCCUCGAGUGCCCCUUCUGCCGCCGAGCCUGCCGGGGCUGCGACACCAGCGACUGCCUGCCGGUGCUUCACCUCCUGGAGCUCCUGGGCUCGGCGCUCCGCCCAGCCCCCGCCGCCCACCGCGCCGCCCCCAGCGCCCCCGGGGCCUUCACCUGCCACCACGUUUUCGGAGGUUGGGGGACCCUGGUGAACCCCACGGGGCUGGCGCUGUGUCCCAAGACCGGGCGGGUCGUGGUGGCGCACGACGGCAGGAGGCGGGUCAAGAUCUUUGAUUCCGGGGGAGGAUGUGCUCAUCAGUUUGGAGAGAAGGGGGAGGGUGCUCAGGACAUUAGGUACCCACUUGAUGUCACCGUCACCAACGACUGUCAUGUGGUUGUCACCGACGCCGGCGACCGCUCCAUCAAAGUGUUUGAUUUUUUUGGCCAGGUCAAGCUUGUCAUUGGAGGCCAGUUCUCCUUACCUUGGGGUGUGGAGACCACCCCUCAGAAUGGGGUCGUGGUAACUGAUGCGGAGGCAGGGUCCCUGCACCUGCUGGAAGUCGACUUUCCAGAAGGGGUCCUCAGGAGGACCGAGAAGUUACAAGUUCAUCUGAGCAAUCCCAGAGGGGUGGCCGUGUCGUGGCUCACCGGGGCCAUUGCAGUCCUAGAGCACCCUCCCGGCCUGGGGACCGGAGCCUGCGGCACCACGGUGAAGGUGUUCAGCCCAAGCAUGCAGCUCGUGGGCCAGGUGGAUACCUUUGGGCUGAGCCUCUUUUUCCCCUCGAGAAUAACUGCCUCUGCGGUGACCUUUGAUCACCAGGGGAAUGUGAUUGUUGCAGAUACUUCUAGUCAGGCUGUCCUAUGCUUAGGAAAACCUGAGGAGUUUCCAAUCCUGAAGCCCAUGAUCACCCAUGGUCUUUCCCAUCCUGUGGCACUGACCUUCACCAAGGAGAACUCUCUUCUUGUGCUGGACAGUGCAGCCCAUUCUAUAAAAGUCUACAAGGCUGACUGGGGGUAA